AUGCGCUUCGUCUCCGUCGACAAUGUCUUGCAAUACAGCUCGGAGAUACCAUCAGGCCAGCCGCGGGUCAAUCCUGGUCAGAGUCCGAGUCCUCACGUCCCCUCCGGGCAGACCCCGCGGUCUUCCAUGGCCAUGCGCAGGAUGAGCGGUCGUGGCUUGCCGAACCUGCCUUCGAGGCAUGGCCAGACGAACAUGCCAUCACGAACAACCAAGAUCAGCGAGAAAUUGGUCCUGCUACCCGAGACGGACGAGAAGGCCGAAGGCUCUGACGAGGACCACGAAGCAUUACUCCAAGACGAUGACGAAGGACCGCCGAAAGAUGAAGAGCUGGACAUCCUGAAGAAACGAGGCGGUUUACGAGGAAAGACCUAUGCAGAGCGCUUGCCGAAGGGCCAAAGAACCGAGAAGAUAUCCAGGCUAACAGCCUACUGCACCGCAACAUCAUACAAGAUGAAGUCUACGUCUGAAUUCUUACGCAAGAAGCAUGAUGCCAAAACAAAGCUCUAUGAUGACUGUCUCUAUGCCGUCUACCACAUCCCUAUUCUCCCUGGCAUCGAUGGCUACAGAGUCAGAAGUCGCCCUAUUCUAAAGUCCCCGGGUACCGGCAAGACGCUCCUUGACCUCGAAAUCGAACGCAGUGAGCGCAGGGAUGAGCACAUGGGCUACGAGGAAUACCACUACGACAUGCAAGGCGAAAAUGGUAGCCACGAUGCAUCUGGCCGCCGCGGUCGGGAUAUGGACAGGCCUGAGGGCGACGAGUCACACUCGGCAAGUCCUGUGAAUAGGCUUGCGCCCGAUGCGAAGAAUUUUGCCGAGAUGUUCGUCUUCUCCUACGGUGUCGUAGUAUUCUGGAAUUUUACCGAGACGCAGGAGAAGAACAUUUUGGCUGAUCUCGCAUUUGCCGAGAACGAGUCAGGGGUCUCACUGGUUACACGCCCCCUCGACCAAAGUGACUUCGAAACGGAGCAAUUCCAUUUCGAAUAUAGUGGCGACAUUAAGCGCCCCAGAGUUUUCAACGACAUGAUUACUUUGUUGCCGAGAUCCGACCACAUGGUAAAACUUACCAUCAGUCAUGCAAUUGCACAAAGCACCAAGCUUUGCUUUUUCGAGGAACGCAUGUCCGAGACCAUGUUGGACGCCCAGCAUGUGCCGAAGCGGUUGGCUUUAACCGGAGAAUUGAACAUGACUAGGACUGAAAUCGUCAAGAUCCUGGGCCGCCUCUUCAAAAGCCGUGUGGACAUCAAUUUAUCCUCAAACAUUCUCGACGUUCCGAACUUCUUUUGGGACUCCGAGCCAACGUUACACCCACUGUAUGCCGCCAUUCGCGAGUAUCUGGAAAUCGACCUGCGCACCAAGGUCCUCAACGAAAGAUGCCGAGUUUUCCUGGAUCUGGCCGAGAUUCUGUCAGACUCUGUUGCUGACGCAAAGAUGAGUGCAAUCACAUGGAUCAUCAUCAUACUCAUCAUUGUCAGUAUUCUUGUGACAGUGACUGAGGUUGCUCUUCGCUUCAGUAUCCUCUCCAAGGAGAAGGACAAGGAGGAUAACCAGAAUGCGAACGCAGCAGACAUACUCAGAUCGAGGCUGCACGGUGCAAUAUCCAACGCGACUCUUGAGGACUUGAAGCUAUGGAGUGCGGGUCUGAGCGAGCAGCAGAGGAACGCCGUCUGUGGAUCCGACUACGUGGGCACAACCUUCGCGGGCAUCUAG